UUUCGGAGUAAUAAUUUCUGCUACUUUCUCAAAUUCCACAUAUCUAAUCUUAUCUAUAAGAUCAACCCUUUCUUGUCAUGAUAUGUAAUCGUCCUUUAGAUUAGACGUGUUAUAUUUGAUGUACAACAAUUGAACUGUGCGCGCGCAGAGAUUAUUUUUUCUUUGUCUUUAUUUAGUCGACCGGCUCAAACUAUAUAAUUGCACUCACCACAAUGUCAGCAAAGCAACAAGUCCAACGAUGGUAGUCAAUCGAUCGAACUCUUUUCGUGGUAAGCGACCGUUUACCUUCGCGCAGACGCCGCGAUUAUAACCGACUAAGCGCGUCUGCGAUGGUCGAUUAGUAGACGUCGUACCGGCAUACAGCCAUCAUGUGUCAGUCAGUGAUCAGGGACCUCCAUGAUCACAGCGUGCAGCUGAAUCGUUGGUUCCUGAAGCCAAUAGGCGCGUGGCCGCGAUCCUCCGUUAGCACGAGGAGUGAAAAGGCCGUGUCCAGAGCUCUGAUAUUCACCUGUUAUUUUUUUAUCGCCUUCACCGUGAUACCGUGCGCGUUGAAUGUCUUCUUUGAGGAGAAGGAUCUUGACUUGAAAUUGCGAGCGAUUGGCCCGCUGAGCCAUUGGCUCAUGGGCGGAAUGAAUUAUUGUUCUCUCUUGCUGCGUAACGCCGAUAUACUCCGAUGUGUGCAACAUAUGGAGACGGACUGGAAGGUUAUCAAGCGACCUCAGGAUCGCGAUAUCAUGGCGAAAAACGCGAAAUUGGGUCGUUUUAUGGCGGGUUUCUGCGCGGUAUUCAUGCACGGCGGCGUGUUUUCCUAUAGCAUUGUAUCCGGAAUGACGAAGAUAGAAGUCUCGGUCGGCAACGGGAGCGUCUCGAUGCUCCAGCUACCGUGUCCAUUUUACAGUAAAUUUGUCGACACCAGGUUCAGCCCGGCGAACGAGAUCGUUCUACUGAUGCAACUGAUCUCAUGUUUCAUAGUGAACUCUACCACUGUCGGCGCAUGCAGUUUGGCCGCUGUCUUCGCUAUGCACGCAUGCGGGCAACUCGACAUCCUGAACCUGCGUCUGAACAAACUUGUCGAAAGCCAGGAUGCGAAGAAAAAUGAGUCGGCUCAACAGAGGAUGGCUAACAUUGUGGAUCAUCACCUGCGUGUUUUGAGGUUUAUAGCUUAUAUCGAAGAUGUUAUGAAUCAGAUAUGUCUGGUAGAAUUAGUUGGAUGUACGUUUAAUUUAUGUAUGCUUGGAUAUUACUCCAUUACGUGGUGGAAUAAAAUUGACACGAAGAGUAUAGCGGCAUACAUUAUCGUUUAUAUAUCGAUGAGUUUUAAUAUUUUUAUAUUUUGCUACAUAGGUGAAAUUUUAACACAACAGUGUAAAAAAGUUGGGGAAACAGCAUAUAUGACCGAUUGGUAUCGCUUACCUCACAAGACAGCUCUUGGUUUAAUCUUGAUCAUAUCGAGAUCGAGCACCGUGAUUAAAAUAACUGCUGGAAAAUUGAUUCAACUCUCUAUCGCGACUUUCAGCGACGUAAUCAAAACCUCUCUCGUCUAUCUCAAUAUGUUGCGAACCGUUACUAUGACGUAAAUCUGCGUGCUUGUAAGAGAUUUUCUAUGUUUAUCUCUUACUUGUAUAGCAUUUUUUAAA